CGUUCCUGCCCGCCGAGCGCGACGCGCCCGGCCCGCCGAGCCGUGGUCCGACCAAGGGGGGCGCGGCAGCGCUGCGCCCUCCCCGGGGGGACAGUGGGCGCCUCCUGCCUGCCGCUGGUGCUCGCCCGCCUCGCGGGCCUCCUCGUGAGCACGAGCACCGCCGUCCUUCGCCGUCCGCCGGGCCUCUGCCACCCCCGCCGGCGGCGGGAGGGCCUCGGCCGAGCAGGGAUGCCUCAGCGGCCGCGCCUGCUUCGUCCGGGGAGGCGGCGCGGCCCCCGCUGGACCCCGAGGAGGUGCGCGACAUGCAGCAGUCCUUCCGGCGCAUGCAGGAGGACAUUGCAACGGCAAUGCACGGAACGACCAGGAGCCCGCGGCCAGCCGCCGGGCCGCCCGUGCAGCGCCCGCCCCAGGGCCGGAGGGCGGCAGCGCCCACGCCGCGGCAGGGCCGGGGCGGCGCGACGCCCGGGGGCAGGUCCGAUAGGCACCGAGGCGUGGAGGGCGUCGAGGCGAGCGGCGAGGCGUCGAGGCUCGCCAUUGCACUCAGCGUGUCAGUCGCUUCAAGCGUGCUGAUCCAGGUGCCAACGCUGAUCAGCCAGGAGGACGUGGAGGUUGCCUUCGCGGAGGAGGGCGGCACCAAAGAAUAUCCAGUCGCCCUGGCACAAACUCAGGUCACGUUGUGGAAGAAGUGGAAGCCAGAUAGAGGAGAAUACAAGGCUGCGUUGGCCAAGCUCAAGCAGGCCAAGGCGCAGGUGCUAACUGCCAAGAGUCUGGAGCAGCAGGCGCAGCCAUUAUCGGACCAGUUGUCGGUACAGCGCCAGAAGCUCGAGCCGCAGAAGCAGGAAGCGAUCGAGCUUGUCGACCGCAUUGUCAAGGCAGAGUCCAAGGCCAUCGCCGAUGGACAACCUGUACAUAUUCCAGCAGCUGCGGGGUUGGAUGAUCCCAAGGACGGCAAGACUGCGGCCGUGGACCAGACGCAAGGCCUCGUCCGCUCGGCUGCGGCCUUGGAGCAGAUCGCGGAGGGCGUGGUCAAGGUCCAGGGCGCGUCGGGCCCCGACGCCAAGAUGGCAGGGGCCGCUGCUGCUGGUCUCUCAGAGACCAGUCGGAACUUGUUGGCCACCAUCGGCCAGCUUCAGGACGAUGUGGGUCACCAAGUGCUGGUCGCUGGGGAUUUCAGUCAGGCCCCGUCUAAGCUGACUGAGACUGAGUUUCUGCCCAGGUCCACCAUGUCAGCGAUCGCGCCGCCCACGGCCACAUUCAGGACAGAAGACUAA